CCUGUUCAGUUCCUUUUACCAGUGCAAACCACUAUGCUGAGGAAGGUUGCCAGGCCCACAGCGCUGCUGGCCAAAUCGCUCAGUCUACGCAGCUGUCUAAGCAGUAGCAGCAAGGGAGCAUACCUGUGUCUGCUGAUCAGCUAGUGUGCCUUGGCUCUAAUCUUCAGAGUCUCAUAUUUGUGGCUUCCUUAUUUUGAGAUUUCCUCUCAGAAUGUUGCCAGCUGGCACCUCUAGUGCAUAGUUCAAGACGGAAGGAUCUCUCUGCCUUAGUGCCUGCAGUGGAUCAAGCUGGUGGAGGGUCUUUUACAAUUCCUUUUGUUCCUUUUCUGAACCUCAGUGUUACACUAGAGAUGUCCUUCUUCCAUUUCGUGUCAGGAGCUCUUCUAUAAGCCACAAAUUGGAGUAAUAUGAAAACAGUUGGAAAUUAUUUCAAAUUUGGACCAUGUCCAAAGGACUAAUGUCCUCUCAUGUAAUUCCUGGCUGAUCAGGUGGCAGGGAGUUGUGAGGUGGGAGGGACACAAAGCUAUUGUUAUAAGGUAGUUAGUACUGUGAUACCUGGCCUGUGAUCGGGAUUGCUGUGCUGUGUAGAAGAGCCCAAAUCGUUUGAGCUGUCUCACGGUGUGCUUGCUCUGCCUCCCUCCAGCUGGCUACCAUUACAUGAAGACAGUGCUAUUGACUGGCACUUUCUGCAGCUGGAAGGUGGAAAAGAUUAUACUCUCUUCCUCAACUCUCUAUCUCCUCUAGAUUCAGAGGAAAAGGUAAAGCCAGUGUCUUUGGAAUGCCCAACGUUGGAUCAUGAUGACACCAUUAGCCGUACCACAAUCGCUUUAAUCGUGCCUCUUUCACACUAAUGAAUAAUUAACUGCUGUGUGCAUAUGCACAGACAUGCUGGUCAUGGGCAUCUCUGCAGGGUCAUGGUGACCUGCGGAUGACCACAGGGAGCUGUUUACUUCAGCACACAACCUCUUGGGCUCGCUGCCUGUUUGUUAUCUCCUUGGCCACCAGCUGACCAAAACUAAUGUCUCCAUGACCUGCUUCGGCAACAGGGGAGCAGUGACUGCUCCCCAGCCUUCUCAAAGCUUGAGUGUGCAAACAGAUUGAGGUGAGCAAGGUGUGAAUGUGCAGCGAGGCAGCUCCUACACUGCCACUCCCACAAGGUAAGUGCAAGGAGAGCGGCAGGCUAUUUUUGUUUCCAAGGGUAACAGCUUUCCCACAGAAAGUUACCAUUGUUAGCCAGCCCUUGUUAGCUGGUUUCCAGGCCUGUCAUUAGCUCUGUACAUGAAAGCACAAGCCUUAGCCUUCCAAAAUUCAGUUGUGUCUGUCAGAGCCCCUGCUCUGAGGUAAGUGUUCAAUAAGAUUGAUUGUCAUGCCUAUUGCAAGUUGAGCCAUGCUAUGCUGGCCCCUGUGUGCCUGGCUUUUGCCCUCCUUUUGCUGUAGAUGCACAUUUUUGGGCACACCUGUAAUUUUCAGGGGAGUAAAGUUUACGGAUUAGAAAUGGUCCCUUGUCCUGUGUUUUCCACAAGAGACCCCUCUGUGGCUGAUGCAUUUUGCUGGAUCAGGACCAGAAGAGGCCACAAAGGUGAGUGGAGGGCUGGAGCACCUCUGUUAUGAAGACAGGCUGAAAGGGCUGGAGUUGUUCAGCCUGAAGAAGAGAGGGCUCCAGAGAGAUCACCUGCCAGUACCUGAAGGGUGCCUAGAGGAAAGCUGGAGAGGGACUUUUUGGCAGGGUGUAAUUGUGAUAAGAGGUAGAGGUUUUAAACUAAAAGAGGUUUGUUCAAGAUUGGAUAUGGGGAAGAAGUCUUUUACAAUGAGGGUGGUGAAACACUAGAACAAGUUGCUCAGAGAUGUGGUGGAUGCCCCAUCCCUGGAAACAUUCAAGGUCAGGUUGGACAGGGCUCUGAGCAACCUGAUCUAGUUGAAGGUGUCCCUGCUCAUUGCAGAGGGUUUGGACUAGAAGGCCUUUAAAGGCCCCUUCCAACUCAGACUAUGAUUUAUGGUGGAGCCUCUGGGGCCUCUCUGCUUUUGACUAUAAACCUGCAGUGUGUUGCUGGAGGAUUUUACAUCAUGAAUUUUCAGCAGAAAGCUAGGAAAGUUGGCAACAGUUGGCUUGCUAUUGUGUUUCCCUCUCAUUUCUUGCCCCCUGCAUAUUGCUACCAUUACCCAUCAAAGCAUCAGGCUGAGUCAGAUGUAGAAAAUGAGAUGAAAAACACAGGGUGAUGCAUGGGUGCCAGCCAAAUGACUCUUUCUAUCUCCCUGUCCCGUAAAGCUGCAAUAGCAGCUCAGGGGGCUGUGCUUCAUGACUUCAUCCCUCCCUGCUGAGGGGAAAUGGGCAACAUCAUUAUCAGUCCUGACUUGGAGCCUGCAGUGAAAAUGUCCUCGGAUGUAGGACUCCUCCUCCGCCCCAAGGGUGUCUUGAACCUGCUGGGAAGAUGGAGGAAGAGCUGGAGGGGGGAGAUGAGAAGAAAGAAGUGCAAAUUCUACCGCUUCUCUGUGAUGAUGUCAUGGCAACAAGCUACCAGCUACCACCCCUUCUAGGUGCCUUCUUUCCAAAUCAUCCAUCCGGACUGGAUCCAGCAAACUUCCCAGAGCAAGACGCCGUGUUCCCUUCCCCAAGGAAGCCAUCUGCUUCCCUCCCCCCAGCUCCUUCUGUGGGGCUUCGGGCUCGCCAGCCGGGCUGGAAAGCUCUCCUCCUCCUCGCUUGCCCCGGCUCUCAUCAGCCAUCUUGUCGGCACAAGGCACGGGGAAGGGAAUACGGAGCCGGCUGGAUCUGGGGCGGCUGAUGGUGUCAGCCGGAGGCGGUUUCCAGGCAACUGUCGCGCCGUGGGACACGCGAGCCAAGAACACCGGGAACACCGCGUUCUCGGCGCACCGCCUGGGAGGGGACCAAGCCUGACACGGCACAGGAUGGUGUGGAGAGGGCAGCGUGAGCAAGAGGGUAGUGCAGGGAUGGCAGCAGAGGAAGGGGUCUCCAGAAUAUCCCCCCCUUCCCAGUGAUUAUCAUACCCUCCCUGGCUUGGAGUGAGGAUUUCCAAGCUGGCUCCUGGUGUAACAUACAGCAAGGAAGGUCCACAUGAUGUAUGGGAUUUCACGUGCCUUCUGCAUCCUUUGGGAAAUCAAAGAAAGAAGAAAUAUCAUGCCAUAUGCUGUACCCAAGUUCCCAGACUUGUUGCAGGUGGCCUUGUCCUUCUCUGUCCUUUAACAAAUCCAGAGUUCCCUCCCUACAAGUUAUGAGCCAUUUGUGAGCAUGCAGCCCAGCUCUGCAUCCCUGGGUGUCACUGAGAAAGGGAAUUUCUUGUAAAGUCGGGCUGCCCUGCUCUUCCACAAGCUGCCAGUGCUCCCCACGCUUGGUGGGUCCCACUGCCCCUCUGCGCUGAUGUCCAAGGCAGCAUCCCCACUCCUGCCUGCCUGCCUGCCUCCCCCACCUGCUUCAGGGUUUCUGGGAGCAUCCCUACCCAUGAACCCACCCUGCCUGGUAACCCUUCCUUACACUGCCAGCCCAGCAUUUCCCUUCCCAGCAAUGCUGAUACUCACAUUCCCUUUGUUUUAUGCCAUUUGAGUGAUUUUUGGUAGGUGCAUUUAGUACAACGGAUUUUGAAUGGAUGGAGGAGGCUGAUAAAAUUGCCUUGGCUGAGCAGCAGGAGUAAGAUUCUCAUGGAUUCUGAGUGUGAGGCUACGAUGAACAUGGGGAAUGGAGCUGCAUAGUGCUUGGCAGGGUGGGUGCUGCAGAGGGGCAGAACUACUUUAUUGCCGUGUAUGCCAACAAAUGUUCUGCAGCCCCAUGUGGGUGACAGCACAGAAAGACAGGACAGUGAGGGGGUCAACUGCAGCCAGUGCUGCCCCUGGGCCAGCUUUGCAGCUAUUGAUUUGGAACUUGCCCCGUUCACCCUAACCUUGGCAGUGCCAGCUCGACCCUUAUCAGCACUGAUAAACCCCGCCACAACCUCCUGUCCCAUCCUGGUGGUGUCACUCUGUGAGGUGCUGCACUGGCAGAUCUGUCCUGCAACUUCACUCUUGCACCAGUUGCUCUCUUGCUGCGAUGCUCUAAAUCCAGGACACCUCUCUUUUAUUUUUACACAGAGGCUGCAUCCACACCAACUCUUUUAACCCUGGGUGGUUGCCCACCCCUUGCUGAGUGUUUUGGGCGAGGAAGGAUGUGGCGCCGGCUGCAAACACUUUUCCAAAGGAAAUUUAAAAUCACCCUUCUCUUUCUUCUGCUCUUGGCCCUCCUCGUGCACCUGGUGAUGGAUUUUGCUCUCCCUGCAGCCCACAGGCCCUGCAGCUGCGAUACAAAAGCACCAAAAGCCACAGGUGUCCCGCCAGGCAGCCCCGUGCUGUCCGGUCUCAAAAAGCUGAGCCUGCGAAUUCUUCAGGAUUUCAGUGGCAGCAACAGCUCCUUGGAAAAAACCUCCCAGCUACAGGGAGCGGGGCUGCACACAAGGGCUGGAGAGCUGUGGGUCCAGCACCAGCAAGAAGGCGGCAAUGCGGGACGGACCAAGGGAUCAAAGCUGGCAGCACUUUUUGAGCAUCCUCUUUACAACAUCCCAAUCCCAGAGGUGACAGAAAAAGACAAGCUGUUUGUCGUCAACCCCAUGGAGAAGUUCAGCCUGCGCAGCAGCGGGAGUGACGAAUGGGUCAGCAGCAGUAAAGCCGAGACGCUGCUCCCGACAGGGAAGACUGCCUAUGACACCUACCCCACCUGGCUCAAAUUCCACGUUGGCAUCAACCGCUACGAGCUGUACCCCCGCCAGGACCCCCUGUUGCCCAAACUCCUCCAGGACUUGGCCACACAGAGGAUCAUCAGCUCAGUCCAGAAGUCUGGCGGUACCCAGCUCAAGCUGAUCAUGACAUUCCCAAAUUAUGGGCAGGCCCUCUUCAAGCCCAUGAAGCAGACCCGGGACCAGGAGACCCCCAUAGAUUUCUUCUACUUCUCAGACUUUGAGAGGCACAAUGCAGAGAUUGCAGCCUUCCACCUGGACAGGAUCCUGGAUUUCCGGCGAAUCCCCCCAGUUUCUGGCCGUUUGGUCAAUAUAACAAAGGAGAUUCGUGACAUCACCACGGACAAGAAACUGGCCAAGACUUUCUUCAUCUCCCCAGCGGGUAACGUCUGCUUCUACGGGGAGUGUUCCUACUACUGCUCCACCGAGCACGCCCUCUGUGGCAAGCCGGACCAGCUGGAGGGCUCCAUGGCUGCCCUGCUCCCUGACAAGACCUUGGCCAAGCGCCGCUCCUGGCGCAGCCCCUGGCGCCGCUCCUACCACAAGAGCAAGAAAGCUGAGUGGGAGCUGAACCCCAACUACUGUGCUCGGGUGCGAGAGACGCCGCCCUACGACAGGGGCCAUCGCCUCCUUGACCUCAUUGACAUGACGAUCCUCGAUUUCCUUAUGGGCAACAUGGACCGGCACCACUACGAGACCUUUGAGAAGUUUGGGAAUGACACUUUCCUGCUCCACCUGGACAAUGGCCGUGGCUUUGGCACACACUCGCGUGAUGAACUGUCCAUCCUGGCCCCCCUCCAGCAAUGCUGCAGCAUCAAGAAGUCAACCUACUUGCGUCUGCAGCUGCUGGCCACCCAGUCCUACCGCCUGAGUGACCUGCUGCGGGAGGCACUGGCCGCAGAUCCACUUUCCCCUGUCCUGGCUGAGCCCCACCUGCAGGCGCUGGACCGUCGCCUGGGGAAGGUGCUGGUGGAGGUGGGACACUGCCUGGCCAGGGCAGCCCGCCCAGAUGAGGUGCUGGUGGAUGAUGUGGGGUCAUGGGUGUGAGGGGGGGCUGCGUAUCUUGCUGGGUUGGGGCGUUUUUGGGUUCUGCCAAGGAUGAUGUGGGAUCAGCAUGCAGCUCUGACUUUGUGUAGCAUUGGCCUUUUGGUGGUGCCAGAGCUGGUGGUGUGAUGUACUAGGAAAGCAGGUUGUAAGGAUAGCUGGGACAGGGAGGGAAUUUAAAUAAAAAGUGGAGAUGACAUGAGCUGAGAUCUCCCGACCAAAGCUGCUUUCCCAGCCGUGACCUGUCCUCGCAUGCCUGGACGUGUUGCUCCAGCCCUCAAAAGCCUUUUAGGAAAGGGCAGGGCUUUUUCCUGCCUUUUCCGAGCAAGAGCUGCCAAACUGGAGCAGUUGGCAAGCUCCUUCUGCCCCACUCCUGUCCCCAGCAUGGUGAUGCCCUGGUGACCCCCAAAAACAGAGCUGAGACUCCCCACUGCUGGUGUGGGGAAAAUGAGGCAUGAGCUCCCAGCCACUCACUACUUAUCCCUGCCCUGCUCUUCCCGCAUCCACCUGAAAACCCCCAUGGCUCUGGCAUCACCACCUCCUUUGCAGUGCCAGGGGUGCAGCAAGGGGGACAAGCCUCACUCCCCUUGGAACACCUUCUCAAAUUCCCUGGGAACCACGGCCAAUUUCCUUCCCACCCAAAAAAGUGGCUCCUGAUAAAGGGACCGAUUGACCCCGGGGCCA